GUCAGACUGAACUGAUAUACUUACACUGUACAGUUACUGUAUAAUCAGCAGGAGUAUAACAGAGGCAGGUGAGCACAGAAGACGUGACGCCGGUGCACAUAUGAAGUAAGAGGAACCGGAGUCAUUAUAUAUACGUAUGGAUUGGACCGGGUUUAUUAUAUAGGGCUAUUGCAAUAUUCUGGAACUUGUGACCUGUAUAUAGGAAUGAAUCGGAGCCCGGGCAGACAGAAGCGAGAAGACACACAUUGGAAUACAGAAGCUGCGUGACAUAUAGAGAGACACUGAGUGACACUUUACAGUAGUAGCCAUUCUGCAGCUGGAGGGUACAGAACCAUGCCAGCCGCAGACCCUAGGCAGUCUGUGUCUCGUCUCUGUGCCGUGGUGCUACUGCUCCCUCUGCUGGCGGGACCGGUUCAAUCAGAUGGUAGCCACUUACUAGCCCAGGUGCAGUUCUGCCAGCCCAGUGAUCCAGCCUCUGGGCUCCUGAAGAUGUUUGAUGAAGAUCAGAUGUACAGUUACAACUUCAGCGGUGGUUCCGCCGCCCCCUGGAUCAGACAGUUUGAUAAGUGGACAGGCGAAGCGUUCCCUGACCGCUCCAAUGUAUCCCUGCAUGUGAAACUCUGCAGCAACAUUCUGAAUAUUUUUACUGAAUACCUGCAGAACAUUGUGCCGGAAAACCGAGGUGGGACACAGGUGGCUGUUUUCACUGCACAUCCCCUCCGCAUUGGUAUGCCCAACACACUGAUCUGCCAUAUUAAUGACGUGUACCCGCCAGCGCUGACCAUCACCUGGAGGAAGAAUGGCAUGGUGCUGUCUAGAGAGCUGGACUCCUAUGGAUACUUUGCUUUGGGGGACCAGACCUUCCAGGCGUUCUCAUACCUCAAUGUCACUCCCCACUAUAACGAUGUCUUCUCCUGCGACGUACAAGUGUCAGGCGACAACAGAACGCUCGUGUCAUACUGGGUUCCAGACUACCCCGUCCCCUCUGAUCUGUGGAUGAACGCCCUGUGUGGUUUGGCCUUGGCUCUCGGCAUCGUCUUCCUCCUCCUGGGUUUCGUGUUCCUCUAUUUGGCUUGGAAGCUGCAGAACGCUGACUGAUCCAGGUGGACGUUGCAUCCCUUCACGUCAUCUUCUGUGAAUACUAACAGAUGGAUUGUAAUAACCCAUCUACUGCAGUGCCUUGAAUCUCAUUCAGGACCUGAGGUCAACCUUACGUGACAUGAUUGUCCGACCUCGAGUAAUCUGACGAAACACAUCACUUGCAUUACAUUCAGUCAGGGUAAAGUUGCACUUAUGCUUUGCCUCAAAAAUAUAAUUUUAUUUGCAGAAAUGGACAAAAUAGGAAGUGUUUUUUUUCUUCAUUGCUCAAUAUGUGUAAUUUCCUUAUAUCCUGGAUACACAUAGCUACGUUACAAGCACCAGACAACUCCAGCAUAAAUGCAUAAUAAACUCUGUUUUUUUCCGGGAAUGUGGGACCUUUGUAUCACUCUAUGGUAAAACUCCUGGACUGUUCUGUGUGACCGCUGCAGUCCCUCACUGGCAAUAGAUCUCCAACAUCAGUCACCUUAUGGAUCAUCUGACACUGAGGAUGGACUUUGGGGAUCAUGCGUACAGUGAGGGUUUCCUAUUGGUUGAAUUGGUGGAUUUCACAGCUGCCGGUAGUCUAGAACACUUCUGACCAAUCAUUGCUGGUGUGAGACGUCUCAGGGAGAACUUGUAAUAUCUUAAUGAUACGUGUUUGCUAAUGUCUGCUAACUGUUUUCUGCAUUUGCUUUGCAGAGAUACUUACAUUACUAACCAUAUCUUCUUAUACAUGAGUACAUUUGAUUUAUUGUACAAGAACAGCCCCUGCAGGGAGCUGGACUUCAGGCACUUAUUUCUCCCAGUCUCCUAAAGAGGAUAAGAGGGAGUCAGGAUAAGAGGGAGUCAGGAUAAGAGGGAGUCAGGAUAAGAGGGAGUCAGGAGAACAUCUUGCAGGUCUUUUAUGAAGCAAAGAAACUGGAACAAUAGACCAAAGGUCGGAUCUAUGAUGCAUCAAAUCUGGGGCUCACUUCUAGAUUAAGGCAAAUGGUUAUUUUUGUGGAAGAUUCGCACGGUGUCAUCUCUUCCUGAUUUCCCCACAAUUUUAGUGUUAAAAAUUCUAACUUAAAACAACAUAAUUUAGCUUCCCUUGCUUGUUAUUAUAAUUAUUAUUAUGGAAAAUAAAGUAUACUGUACAUUUUUUUGAGGCAUUCCUCAUAAUCUUUGGUAAAAGGGGCUCCGUAGUUAGCCGAAGCCUAAGAAAAGGAUUUGGUGCUUCCAAUGUUUAUUUAAGUCCACAUGAAGCCGAGAUGGGAAAGGUUCGUAGAGAUCAUGUUUCUGGUGCAUAAGCUAAACCUGGGCUUCUCCAACCUUAUGUUUUAUUAACUUGAGUCCUGAAGACCCCCGAGUGCCGUUAUGACAUUGUUUUGGGACCCCUGAGCGUUGUUAGAAAAUUGUUCUGGGACCCUAAGUGGUCCAGUAUCUCUGGAUCCUGGGGCUUCUUCAGUGGUAGGUAAGUCAGUGCUAUAAUGGGUGCUUAAUGGAAGUGUCCAGCUGAAUACCACAUGGCCUCUUCCUUGUAUGCAUGUGACUUGUACAUAUAUGUACGCAGACAGAUGUGACACUAAAUAUCAUAAUGGUAAGUAAAUUCCCAUUGGACCUUUAUGGGAUGAGAGUAGUUUCCAUUUUCCUGCUUUUGCUGCAUCUCAAUGACUGUGACACGUUACAGUGAUCUCUAUAAUGUAAGUAAGAACACAUAUAACCUGCCGGAUGAAUUGCUGAAAUCUGAUUUGUAAAAACUAAUUAGAAAGCCCAGGCAAAUGAUUUAUUGUGUUUAACUCUUUCGCUGCUGAGGCUUUCUUACCCCUGCUCUGAACCUAUUUUGGCCUGGUCACAUUCCCACAUCAAGUCCACACAAGGCAAAUGUUAGGAUUUAAUAUAAAUUAACUUUUUUUUAUUUUCUAUUAAAAUUGCAAGAAAGUGGAACUGUGUGUAUUGUAUUUUUAUAGCUGAAUCUAAUUUCUUAUUACAGGUUUGGUAUUCAUUUACGUUUUCCAAAGUAGCAAAAUUAGGAUUACGCAAAUAUAUUUUCCUAAGAAAAUCGCUUAAAAAUGAUAAGGCAAACUUUGAUGUAUUUUGGUAGUUUGCAUUUUCUGAUAAAUAUAUAUAAUGCACAAAAAUGUGCAGGCUUGAUAAGGAUUUAGGUGUAAGACACAUCAUCUACAAUACUAGACCUCCUUACGCUUCACGUUUAGGGUCACUUUAAUUUCCAACGCAAGAGUAGAAUGCACAGGAGGCUUCAGAAGUUCGCUCAGUUGUGGAAAGAUUCACCGUACUCCAUAGCCAUAUUAAGGGGGGGGAUGCAGGGCAUACUGUACCCAAGCCCCCUUUUAUCAGGGGCUCCCCCUCCCCCCCGGCCAGGUCACACUGGCAUUACUAGCUUUCGCUCUAAAGCAACGGCAGAACCAGCAGCCAGAAUGCGAGCAGGACAGUAUGCAGUGCAGGCAGAGACACAGAAAUAUCAUGUUUCAUUAGCUACCGACGGAGCUUUCUGACCAGAGAAGAGAUAGGAGGUUGGAGAGAGCUGUAAGUGACACAGGGAUCCAAGCUUCUCCUCCUCCCUGCCUGGGUGUCUCAGUCCUGUGUAAACUAUUAUGCAACUAAACCAUUUGCGUUUAGAGAUAGAGACACAUACAGAGUCCUCCUGAGUCCUGUCCCAGUGUGUAAGUAGUACAGAGGCUGCUGCUAUUCUUACAUGUGACCAAAUAAAUGAUUUUAUUUUUCCAUGUGUA